CUACAACCACAUUCAAUCGUGCAUGGUAUAUUCAAACCUCUGAAGAACGUCACUCGAUCUGAAUGUAGAAACCCAAUUUGGGGAAAUUACAAAAUCGGAAACGCAGUAUGCAUUUACCCUUCUGCUACAAAUAAAAACGGACUUGAAAUUAAACAGAUUUCAUUAAAAGCAAAUGAAUUCAGCGCGUUUAAUAUUACGUAAUGAUCAUCAGUGCUCCCUCAGCACAAAACUGCGCUUUCAUAAACAUACAAGUGAAUAAAUAUAUAUUUUGUUUAGAGCUGUCAUUCUGUUUCUAACUGCUGAGGAAGACUCCGUAGUCAAAAUGAUAUUUUGUCGUACAACCUUUCUUUUUCGGAUUAUUUUCAUAGAUUGGUAUAUUUUCUCUCAUGCUGAGGCAUCACCAGACACCAAACGACUUGCGAAAGAUUUGUUCAGAGAUUAUGAUAGUGUAAUUAUGCCGAUAAAACGGCAUAAUGAUGUAAUGAACAUGACAGUGAGAUUUAUACCAAGAGGGAUAACCGAUUUUAACGAGGUGACUGGUCAGAUAUCCAUAGCAAUGGGGGUAGACGUCCGGUGGAUAGACCAGUACUUACCAUGGCCCCCGGAUAAAUACGGCAAUGUGACACACCUUGUGGUUCCCGAGGAUCUAAUGUGGACGCCAGCAAUAUCCAUAGCCAACCCCACUGACCGCAUUCCAAUUUUUCCAGAGGAUUUGUUUUCCGUCAGAAUUUAUUUCAACGGUCAGGCAAUAUGGUUAAAAGGUGGAACUGUAAGAACUAUGUGCAAGCCAAACUUAAGAUAUUACCCAUUUGAUGAGCACACGUGUUAUGUGCAGUUCAUCACUCUCGACCACGUAUACAACGAAAUUCGACUUCUAGCUGAAUUAAAAUCGGAUGUGUAUGAGAACUUUGGAGAAUGGGAUAUCUACGAGAGUGAGGCCUACUCCAGUUUACUUGAUCUAUUUUCUUGUGCUGUCUACAAAUUCAAAAUUAGAAGGCGCCCCGAGUUUUCAGUUUUAAGUAUAUGCAUUCCGAUUCUGUGCUUGGGGUUACUGAACGCGUGUGUAUUUUUGAUCCCACCAGAAUGUGGGGAGCGGAUCUCCUUCGCUAUUACGGUCCUCCUCUCGUUUGCAGUCUUUAUGACCAUUGUAAGUGCAAUAAUGCCCAAAAAUACCGACCCCGUUCCGAUUCUGUGUUAUGUCCUGAUGCUGAUGCUACUGGAGAGUGGGGUCAUUGUCGCAGUGACCAUUUUAGGACUUCGUCUGUACUACAAACCCGAACACCAGAAGGUACCAAAUUGGCUUCAAAGUCUGAUAUGUUCUAAAAGAAAUCCUACGACUCCCUCAGCGUCCAAUGACAUCAUCGACAACAAUCAAGUACGUUUCGUUCAAGAGGACACCAAAGGCGAAUUCUUGAAAUGGGUUCAUGUUGGACGUGCCUUCGAUUAUCUCUGCUUUGUCAUUUCAUUUUGUUCAUUUAUUAUAUCUGUGUUUUCUUAUGUAAUCAUAGUUAGCACAAAUUAGGUAUUUUAUCAUAUAUAUACAUAUAUAUAUAUAGAGAGAGAGAGAGAGAGAGAGAGAGAGAGAGAGAGAGAGAGAGAGCGCACAUAAAAAAGUCCAUGGUAUAGGCAACAAGUAGAAAAAAUAUAUCCGACAAUGACUAAGUACACAUGAUCCACCACACUUAGCGCCUUUGCGUGUUCUUCGGUUCUUCACAGUGUAACAAUUUUUUAAGAAAUGACUAAGACAACAAGAGUACAAUGUACUUAAUGUUAUCAAAUACAAUGUUACCGUGUUACAUGUAACUUGUUGGAUUUAUUUUUUCUAUAUAUACAUGUAGAAAGUUAUGCAUGCUGGUUCCAAGGUCAUUUAAAUCAAAAUGUGUAUAUACAUGUAUAUAUUAUACAGUAUAUUUAUUAGUCGUACAACUUCCGCUUAUCUCAGUACAAUCCUGCAUUUCACAAUGAAUUUUAGCAUAUAGAUUCAAAUCGACAUCAUAGCUACAUUUUAUGAAAUAUGUGUCCGUUCUGUGUAUCGACAUAAAUAAAAAGAAGAUUGCCUACA